AUGACAUACAGGAAAGAAGCGCCGGCUGACGACACGAUCGAGGCUGGGGAAGUGCUGGUCAGCGAUGAGUUCAACGCUGACGACUCUACGGCGUCCUACUCGACGUCGAUCGCGUCCAGCGCAGCCGACUAUCCAAUGGAGUUUGGCCGUCGCUACCACGCAUUCCGCCAAGGAAGCAAAUACAUCCGGCCGAACGACCAGAUGGAGAUGGACCGGCUCCUGAUUAUGCACACAGUGGUCACAAUGGCCAUCGGAGGGCUGUACCGGGCGCCGAUCGAUACGUCCAAGGCGCAACGGAUCCUGGACGUGGGCACGGGCAGCGGUGUCUGGGCGAUCGAUAUGGCGGAUGCAUUGCCCGACGCAACGAUCCUGGGCACUGAUCUCAGCGCGAAUAUGCCGGCUUUCAUACCACCCAACGUGCGGUUCGAGGUCGACGACGUCGAAAGCGACUGGGCCUAUUCAACUCCAUUCACCUACAUCUUCAGCCGGUAUCUGGCGUCGAGCAUCGGCAACUGGCCACGGCUGGUGGGCCAGGUCUACGACAACCUUGAGCCGGGCGGUUGGGCCGAGUUCCAGGACUUUGACCUCACAUACUUUUCCGAGGACGGCUCGCUGCGGGAGGACGACCCGAUGAUGGUCUGGGUCAGCCAAUUGGGAGUGGCGGCAAACAAGCUGGGCCGCGAGCCGUGUCCGGGCCACCGGCUGAACAGCUGGGUGCGCGCGGCCGGAUUUGUCAACGUGGUGCACGAGCGCUACAAGCUGCCGAUCGGACCGUGGCCACAGGACGCGCGGCUUAAGCAGGUCGGCCUGCACAACUACAUGCAGCUCAACCAGGGACUCGAGGGCCUGUCGUUGCGGCUGUCGACGGGCGUGCUUGGUAUGACCGUCGACGAGGUCCGGCAGAUGGCCGCCAGCGUGCGCCAGACGCUGCACAACCCCAACGUCCACCCGAUCCUGCCAUUCCACGUCGUCUACGGACAGAAGCCGGAGUGA